CUCUUUGAUUGAACGCCUCCAAUUCCAUAACCACCAAGUUACCAACCUCAGUCGUGUGCUCAAGUUGACCCACUAAUGUGCUGGUAUGAUUUGAAGUUAUUGUAAACUAUCACAGGGGCUUGAGCUUUACAUCUCGACCCUUUUAUCCGUACCUCUAACUUGCUCGACCUCAUUGUCCAAGUUGACACCAUGGAUCUCGCCUACGACCACAUCACCGAACAAGCAUUCACCACCGGCGAUAGAGCCACGACACCCACUCCAUCGACCUCCGACACCACUCAAUCAGGCGGUGGCGAGCCUGCAACACCGAAAGCGACCCUACAAACGGAAUUCCAGGAGACCUUCAAAGCCUUUAGCAACUCCGCAUGGGGCGCGCGACUUGGCGGCAUCUGGGGCAAUGUCAGAAAACAAGGAGAAAGUGUGUAUGAGGAGGCCCGCAAAGAGGCAGCAGAGAUGGCCACUGAGGUGGAGGCGUUGAGAACAAAAGUGGUUGGACUUGGCUUUGGACAGUCAGAGGCGUCCACUGCGUCUGGGACUUCGGACUCGUCUUCCGUAGUGACCGCGGAAGCCAAUGUGGACAAUACGGGAGACAAGAGACCAGAAGGUGAACAGAGUAUUGAGGAAAAAAAUAAAGUCGAUCAAGAGACCGAGACCUUUCUAGAACGCUUCAAGCACGAGGCGGCGAAACGGCUGAAAGAGGUGCAACGUGCCGAGGACGCCGCAGACGAGGCAUUGCUGCGGUUCGGCACGAAUAUUCGCAAUUUUUUGAGAGACGCAGUCAGUGUGACGGCACCAGAAGAGGGUGGAGAGGGACGCAGACAGCCUGGCGAGGUGCUCUUCGAGAGCAAGGAUCAGAGUGGCCGUCGGGUGAUACACACGAGUCGAUUCGACGCACAAUUGCAUGUCAUUCACACCACGCUCCACAGCUUCACCCAAGACCCCAGUACCAGUGGUGGACAGUGGGAAGAGUUUAAAAGUGGGUUUGACAGUGCAAGUGCCGACACGACGAGCAGGAUUGCGGCCGAUUUGGAUAAGUACCCUGAAUUAAGACGCAGUAUGGAGAAGCUGGUACCGGAACAGGUCGACUACAAGGAUUUCUGGGCCAGGUAUUACUUCCUGAGGCAUGUCGUGGAGGUACAAGAAGAGAAGAGGAGGGAGUUAUUGAAAGCAUCAGCGAACGACACCGAAGAAGUCGGCUGGGAUGAAGACUCUGAUGACGACCAAGUAGAGAAGCAAGACGGCACACAGCAAAAGGCUCCGAAAGUCCUCGUUGCUCAGAACACGAAUGACAGUUCAACCACACUACAUCAGACCCCCACCGCCCAGGAUCCAGGCUCAUUGAAGCCAGAUAGCUCAGGACGACGAUCGCACGACGAGAAGUCUGUGGCGGACAGCGACGCCAGCUAUGACCUCGUCAGUGGAGCUACGAGUCGUGCGCCAGGGAGCCCGAAGGAUGAUGUAGUGGGAGGAGCAAAGGGUGCUACAGGUGUUGGUGCCGACAAGAUUGACGAGAGUGACGAGGAGGAUUGGGAGUAAAGCAUUGACCUCGUCGGUGGUCAUUCAUCAUCACAUGCUUCCAUUGGCGUGGCUGAGUCGGAUACAAGGCUUGGGCUUGAUGGAUUUUGAUUUCACAUUCCGUCACGCGGCUCAGACUUUAUUACUCCGUUCCAGGGUCGGCGAAAAGGAGUAGAAGCAGGUGAGCAGUGAGAGGGAAGGGCACAUACGGAGUUGUUUAGUUUGUAUUUUGAUACCCCUGUACGGAGUAAUUGUCUUUGACACGGGAUCAUAUUGCUUUGUUGCUUGUUACUCGUGGUCUUGUCCUUGUAUCUAGGCAAAUGUGUAUAUCUUGUUGAUCUCCUUGUAACAAGAGUGGUAUCCAUAGUGUUCG